AUGGAUGUCCAAGUGGCUACUGACACCUCCUCCAAGCUACGUGAAGUCAGAGAGAAGAUGAAGGAGAAAAGACGUGGAUCUUUGAAGACUGCAAAACAGAAUGCUUGUCUCGCAUCCAAAAUAAAAAAUAAAAUAAUAAAUAACUCUUCUAUCAUUAAAGUAUCUUUGAAACAAACCAACAAAGCCUUGGCCCUUGCCCUCAAUUCUGAGAAGGUUCUCAGUCAGAGUCUUAUAGAAGACAGGAAGCUUCUUAUGAAAGAAAUUGAGGAGGAGAUGUUUGAGAACGCCAGGCUCCGGAGAACCAUCUAUUAUACGAAUAAGGUCCUCAGAGAAUCGGAAGCUUAUAUAAGUGCUAAACUCCUGUGUGCAAUUAGAGAGAGUGAUCCCUUUACAAUUUCAGAAGAUAUCAGUAUGGAAAAUUUGUUCACUGAAGAUAAUGCAGACAAGCACAGGACCAGCUCACCACAUGGGCCAACCAAAUCACCACUGAAGGAUCCAACUGUUGAUGUGGAGAAUGGGAAACAACUAGGUGUUAUCCUCAAAGAUCUCUUCCUUCAACAGACAAAAAGCCCCCAAACAUAUCAUCUGGGGUUGGAAGAAUCUUCAAAUUCUGAUAGAGAAAAUAAGCAGGUGAAUGCCAUAAGUAUCUUGGAAUCUGAAGUGGCUGAUGCUUUAUCUGUAAGGAAGGAUGGCAAGACUGGGGAACCAUGCUAUGAAAACAAGUCACCAUUUGGGGCACAUGUCACUCAGAGGAGGAAAUGGGCCUCUUCCCCUUACCUAAACUGUCAGACUGUAGCUGUGAACUUUGAGAAAGAUGUGUGCUCAAAUCAUUUUUCCCGGUGGACCACUGGCUCAGGAAGUCCUAUGAGAGAAAUGAAUGGACAAGAAGCUUCCACCUUCUUCUGGAUCUCUGAUCCCCACUCUGAUUCCAAGAGCAAUAUCCCUCUACUAGAGGAGGCCAUUCAUUCCGGGCAGCUACAACAGGAAAUAAUGGAUAAAAAGAAUAGGACUUUCAGUACUAAUGAGCAGAGUAGAUCAGUUACCACCUCAACAGAGGAACAAAACAGAAUCACCAGUUGUGCUGACAAAGAUGUUGCCUCACCUUUGAGAUCUGUGAAGUGUGUUUUUACAGAACAGCAGGUCCAAGACACAUUUGGAAUACAUCCUAUUGAGAAUUCAGACAAUAAUACCAUAAAACAAUCCCAAGGUCUUGUAACACUGAGCCCAGUGGAGAUGGACUCUUUGGGAGAAAACCCAACCCCCAUAAGCAGCGGGCCUCCUGAGGACCAGCACCAAGUAAGUGACAGAAUUAGAAAAUGUAGGGAAACCUAUGUGUGGAGUGAGGUAUGUUCAAAUGGCCAAGAAAAGAUGGCAAUUCCUCCCUCUGAAAAGAGAAGGAAAACGGUUUUGGAAAAACAGAUUGAGGUGGAGAACCAAAGCCCAAACUGUGAUUCAACUUGUAAGUCUUUGUGUGGGAGUUCUGGUGUGAAACAAUUAUCUCAAAAGAAUAAGGUUACUGACAAGAAAAUGUUCUCAAAUGAGAUAAAUAAGGAAAUAAAACAGAUAAGAAACAAGAUGUCUACUGAUUUACUCAACACUCCUAGCAAAGUAAAUGGCUACAAAGAAAAAAAUAGAAAAGAGUCAGAAAAGAUAGUUAUAAAUAUGGACCAGCAGAUCCCAAAUCCAAAUAGUCAGGAUCCCCAGGGUUUACCUUGUGUGAGAACACUUGGUGUGGAAAUGACCGACAGGCCUUUGAAACAGGAAAGAAGCAAGAGGACUCGUGACACUAAAGCCAGUGACUGCAGAGAGGAAAACAUGAUUCCAUUGGAAAGCAACUUGGAGCAUGAUUCUCAAGAAUACAUACCUAGGCACAAAACUAAAGGAAGACGAGUAAAACAGAAUAAAAGCCUCCCGAGGAAGGCAUGCUCACUGAAGAGUAAAAUGGAAGCUUUUAACUCAGACAGUAAACAAAGCAGUAUGGGGGAUUCACCGAGCAGAAAGAAGCAAGGCCUGAAAAGCCAUGUAGGCAACUCUAGAAUUCCUAUACUCGCUUCCUGUUCUGUGGAACCAGGCUUAAACAACACGUACCAUGCUUCUGGUAAGUGUAUAAAGGACAUCCAAAACAAUGUGAAUAAAAAACAGACACCGUCAACUGUUCAGGACAAUGCAACUAGGAAUAUGUCGCGAUCGAUAGCUAAAGCAAAGCAAAAGAUUGAAAAUGUUCUUUCAGCCAAAGAACAAUCUGAUUUUGGAAAGAAAGUUGUUUCUGGGAUUGUUUCAGGAGAACAUGAAUCCACAGAGGUUGGCCAAGUGAUGCAGAAUAAAGUACGUAAUAGCCUACCUAAAACAGAGAGAAACUUCUCCCAGAAAGCCACCAAAAAAUUGGUCCCAAGUAGUUCUGGGUUUUAG